GCUAAGGUGUUUCAGAACAGCGACCUCUAAAUGACGUCAAGGCGUUUCUGUGAGGUCAUCACUGGGACCUUCACCCAGUACCCACAGCAAAGGGUGAGCUUCUGAGUGCGUUUCUCCGGGUGGACAGCUGCUGGACCGGAACAUGUCUCGGUCUGCGGAAAGACUCCGAAUGGUGAUCCAUCAUCUGGAUCGAUCAACGGCUUCGAUCAGAGCUUCACCAACAUCUGGUCAAACCUUCACCUACAGGCCCCCUCAGAAACUGAGAUACUCUUUUAAUACAGGCAUGCUGACCCCAGAGCAGCGACUCUUCUAUGAGGAAAACGGCUUCCUGCUUAUCAAGAACCUGGUGUCUGAGGCGGACGUCGAGAGGUUCAGGCAGGAGUUUGAACGGAUCUGUCGGCAAGAAGUAAAGGUUCCAGGCCUGUUGGUGAUGAGAGACGUGGCGAUUGCAAAGUCAGAGUUUGUUCCAGAUGAGAGAGCUGUGUCCAAACUCCAGGACUUUCAGGAAAACCCUGAACUGUUCCGUUACUGUGCAUUACCCCAGAUCCUGAAGUAUGUGGAGUGUUUUACUGGACCGAACAUCAUGGCCAUGCACACCAUGCUAAUCAACAAACCUCCUGAUGCAGGUAAGAAGACGUCUCGCCACCCGAUGCAUCAGGAUCUGCAUUAUUUCCCCUUCCGGCCAUCCGACCACAUUGUCUGUGCUUGGACUGCGAUGGAGAAAGUGAACAGGCAGAAUGGUUGCCUGGUAGUCCUGCCGGGAACGCACAAGGGCACCCUGCAGGAGCACGACUACCCUGACUGGGAGGGUGGGGUGAACAAAAUGUACCACGGAGUACGGGACUAUGAUCCAAACCACCCCAGGAUGUAUGUAGAAAUGGAAAAGGGUGACACAGUCUUCUUCCACCCUCUGCUCAUCCAUGGAUCCGGCAUGAACCAGACGCAGGGCUUCCGCAAGGCCAUCUCCUGCCAUUAUGCCAGCAGUGAUUGUUAUUACAUCGACGUGAGGGGAACCACGCAGGAAAACAUUGAGAACGAGGUGCAAGAGAUCGCGGGGAAGAAAUAUGGAAUCAACGAAGUGGCCUUCAAGGAUACCUGGGCCUUCAGGGGUCGCCUGGUGCAGGGAGAGAGGACUUCACUCUGAGGACUCAAAAAACAAAAGAGAAAACUAAUGUACUAAGAUCCUUUGCCAAAACUGUAAAUUAGAACAAAUAAUUAUGAGUAAAUUAGGAGAUAUACUGAGGUAUGUAUGUGUGAGAGGGAGCCGGUGUGAGGUUAAACUAGAGGAGAAAACAAUGAAAUCAAUGUGGAAAUAAAUUGUGACUGCAGUACUUUACAUCAACAGAGGCCUUGAUCUUACAGCAGCCUCUCUUAUAGCAUUAUUACUAACAUGCAAACUCUUAUUUUCUAUGUGUUUUUAUGCUAUUUUUGGAGUAAUUCAUAUUUUUAAAUCUUACAAAACUGAAAUAAUUUACAGUGACUGAUAAUAAACUCAGUAAUGACUGAUA